AAUGUGCCAAGGAGGGUGAACAACCUUGAGGUUUCGUUACGCCAGUCCUAGUCCUAGUCUUAAACUCUCCUUUAAAUAACACAAUUAUCCAAGAAGUCGGUUUGUCAUUUUCAUUUAGAAUAGAGAGAGUUGAAAAGCUCAUCUACCAUGGUGCAGAGGACUGUCUUGAAGGUCGAUAUUGCAUGCCAAAAAUGCAAGAAGAAGCUUCUCAAAGCGGUUUCUUCACUACAAGGGGUUGAUAAAGUUGAAGUUGAUGAAGGCAAGGGGACUUUGACUGUAACAGGUAGUGCAGAUCCAUAUGAAAUCAUAGUACGUGCAAGAAAAACAGGGAAAUUUGCUCAAGUGGUGAGUAUUGGGCCUCCUCCAGCUCCACCAAAGAAAGAUGAGAAGAAGCCUGAUGAGAAGAAGCCCGAUGAUGAGAAGAAGCCUGAUGAAAAGAAGCCCGAUCCGAAGCCCCAAGUUUACUAUGUGCCUCACCACUGUGUAUGUGAGAGAGUGGGUGUUGUUCAUAUUGACCAGUGGCAGGAGCCCAAUCCAUCAUGCACUAUACUGUGACGAUCCAAUACAUCACUUCAGAUCCAUAUAGAAAAAAGGGAUUGUCCAUCUCCAUCUCAUAUUUUCUUUGAAGCAUUAAUGUAUCCAAUCUAUGAUUAUUAGUACAAAAUGAUUGAUUUUUUCUUUGUCUGGUUAAA